GUUUUACAAUUUUCCAAACUCUUUAUUAUAAUGUCAUCUACUACUACUUGUAAGAAUACUAUGAAAGUGACUUUAAUCGGUGCUUCCGGUGCCAUUGGUAUGCCUCUUUCAUUGUUGUUGAAGUUGAACCCUCUGAUCACGGAGUUGGCUCUUUAUGAUGUCCAUCAGGCUCGUAUACCCGUUCCUGGUAUUGCUGCUGAUAAUUCUCAUAUCAACACUCCGGCUAAGUGA